UGUAUACUUCCAUCUCCCGCUAUGCUUUGCGGUGAGAUGUGAAAAGAUAGUUUCGUCGCCAGUGCGUCCUAUUUUAUCCCAUUUUAUGAGGUGAAAAAGACAAGUAUUGUUGCGUCACAGUUAUUUUUCUCUCUCAGACAGAAGUUUCUCCUUAUAGCAGAAGAGGAGAAUUGCGCACGUGCUUCAUAGGCGAUUUUGUAGCCUAUAUUUUUGCAGCGGUGAUAGCCCGGCUUCGUACGCCCCUCCCUCUUUUUCCUAAGUUUUGCGCCGAUGGCAAGAUUGUAGAAUUGAGACUGAAAAUGGACGACAGUGCCGCCUGCAGCGGCUUCUCGGUGAAUGAGCUUCCCGAGGAGGUUCUAGAGAGGAUCCUCCUGUUCCUGUCUCCGUACGGGCAGUAUAAGACUGCCGCGCUGGUCUGUAAACUCUGGCGGAGGCUCAUCAAAGGUGUGAGCAAGCAGCACUACCAAUCCUUCAUCACCUCCAUCGGUGAGGGAGCCAUCCAAUGGCAGACCAUCCGCGGACCCUCCCACCAACCGCAGCCCGCGCCGCGCAUCUCCCACAGCGCCUGUUACUUUGACGACGACCAGGCCAUGUACGUGUUUGGCGGAAGCUCCGUGGCCAAUCCCAACACUUGUUUCAAUGACCUCUGGAGGUUUGACCUUGCCAGUGAGGAAUGGGUGAGACCGCUGGCCUCUGGUUCAUACCCCUCUCCCAAGGCUUGGGCCUCACUGCUCCGGUACAAGCGCUGCCUGGUCCUGUUCGGAGGGUGUGCCAGACCAAGUCCCUACCCCUACCACCAGCCAGAGAGGUACUUUGAUGAGAUUCACCUCUACACACCAACAGACAAUAGAUGGAACAAUGUGGUCACGUCACCCUCCCCCCCUCCUGUAGCUGGCCAUGGAGCCAGUGUUAUAGGAGACAGGAUGGUGGUGAUAGGGGGGUCCCUCAGUCUACAGAGGAGGUCCAACGAUGUUUGGGUGCUGAACCUACAGACCAUGGAGUGGACCAUGCAGCAGGUCCAGGGAACCCCUCCUCUUCCUAGGUUUGGACACACACAGGUAGUUUUGGAUGACCAGACCAUCCUGAUCAUUGGUGGAUGUGGAGGAGCCAAUCAGAACUUCAGUGAUGCCUGGAUGUUGAGGCUAGACACGACACCAUGGACAUGGACCCAGCUGGGGGUGGACAAUGAGAACCUGGCUGCACCACACAUCUGGUGUCAUCCCGGCUGUAAGGUUGGUAAUUACGUGGUGUUCCUCAGCCAGGAUCCCAAUAUGUCUAACAUGUCCAGCCUACACAACAAGCCCUCCCCGCUACGCCUCGAGACCCACCGACACCCGUCCCUGCAAACUCUACGCCGUCUACCACCCAGCUUCGACCCCAGCCAGUGUCCACAUGGAAGCAACGGGAGGGAAGAACGACGGUGUGAAAACGGUGUACGGGGAUCGUUCGCUCGGCCGGUACGCACUCUUUCUCCACAGCCUAGCACAAGCGGGCAGCAGGAGCAAAGGUUAAGAUUUGGCCCGCGUGAAGCAAGGGAUGUUACAGAACAUGACGGUGCAUCGCGUAGUCUUCCAGUGCAGCCUAGCACAAGCGGUCAUCAACAACAAAGGUUACGUUUCACUCCUCGUGAUGCAAGUGACAAGGAUGAGCCAAGAGGUGCAUGGGGAGGGUCUUCGGGGAACAUUUCCGAGGGAAAGAGACCGAACCUUCCCAACGGCAGUGCCUCCAAGCAACCAAAAAUGGACAGCCUACAAUCGCAUGCAGGAACGUCAUUUGGAGACCCAACGGUACCAUCCACAUCGCGAGCUAAUAGUGAAAGAGCAGAGUUAGGUAGAAAUAUGGGCUCACUUGCAAUGUUUAGGGCUACCAAUAGUAGCGAUGGGUCUAUAGCAAGCGGUAGCGAUUUUGUUUCAAACGGUCAAAGAGUUGUCCCUAGAGGCCAGGGUCUUAGUGCAGCAUGUCUUGAAGAAACAAAACCAAUGACCAGUGGAAGUGAGAAAGACAUUACAUCUCCCUUCCAGCCUGCAACAAGGCCUGUCCGUCGAGUGGAAGAUGGAUACAACGUUGACAGAGAGGAGGUAGGUCAUCGCGAUGUGUCAAGCUGCAACGACAGGAAGAUUAAGUCCCCACUCCACCGCUUCAGAUGCGCUGAUGUACCGCGGGACUGCCAGACGUGCAUGGGGAUGCACAUGUACGUGUUGGACGUCAGCGCCGCGCAAACCACGGGGAGAGUACGGUGGCUUGAGAUGCCGAACAACGAAGGAUUCUUCGCGCCAGAAGAGACGAGCCUUCACUCUGUCGUGAUGGGGAGGGGGGAUGUGAUCGUUUAUGGGGGGAUGGAGAGUGUUCGCAGUAAGAGGCAGACGGGAAUACGGUUAGGACUGGUGACGAUGCCUAACAAGCUGUACAGACUCACGGCUAGGCGGGUGUGAGGAUCGUUCUUUUAUCACAUUUUUGGU